AUGCUGUGUUAUUUAUCGAAUUACAAACUAAGAAUUUUACAUGUUCCAGGUGAGAAAGACAGUGAUGACGACAGCUUCGACUUUGAAGUAAAUCGAAGUAUGGCCAGCACUUUCAUGUUACAUAUCGACCAAAGGGAAGAUGAUGUAAUAAGAAAUGAUGAAAAUAUAGAUUCUAAUGUAGAUGUUUCAAUGACAAGUGAGAAACAAUUGACAAAAUCUACAAUCAAAAGUGAUGAUGAUGUAACAGUAAAAGAACAGACAUAUAACGAUAAACGAAUAGACACUUGCUCAACAUAUAAAGAUACUAGUCGUAUAUCUAUUGAUGAUUCAAAUUCUUCAACUGUUGAAGAUGAGGACGAGUACCUUCAAUCGAUCGAAUCUCCGACGAAAUACAGUGAAACUGAGACGGAACUGAGCGAAAUCAUUGAAGUAAAUGAUAAUAAACAAAUCGAUACCGAAAAGAGAUUAAGCUUAACAAAUAGAUCGGAAUCUGUUGAGGAAUUUAAUAUAAGCAGGCAAUUUGUAGCACUAAGAGAAUCUGAAAUAAUAGAAACUAAAUCAGUUUCAGAAGAUUCAGCCCAAUAUUGUCAUAGAAUAUCGACUACAAUUGCAGAAAUACACAAAUCCCCAAUAAGAUCUUCAGGUCAGUUUGAUAAUGGGAGCCCUGUGUUGAUACCAAGGGUGCUACAAUUCGGUAGAACAGUAUUUGGGUCUAGAGCUGUCAGGUUUCCUGGGCAGAGCUUUAACGAUUUAAAAACUUCUGGUGAAAAUAUUUAUAAUGUUCCAACACAUGUAGCUGAACCCUCAGAUAAACAAGAUGUAGAAGAACCAGAGACAGACAUGCAAGGACUACUAACAGCCAGUGAACUAACAAGAAUUAGUAUCGAUAAAAUAUUUGACACAGAGGUAGUAAACAUUAUCGGAACUGACCAUAACCAAGAAGAUGCUGUUGAUAAGAGUCACGAAAUACAUAGUGGAGAUAAUUUGCCAGAAAGUAAAAUUGAAAGUGACAUAGACCAUGACAACCAUGAACCAGACCAACAAGACAAGGCUGAAAAAACAGACGUACAAAAUGCAUCCAUAGAUUGGAAUAAAGAUGGAAUAGACGAUGAUGAAAAUUCCUUCGAUUUUAGAAAAGGAGUAAGGAAAGCACGUCAAUUUCUUGUCGAUAGUUCAGAUGAAGAGUGGUUCGAAAACUUGGUACCUAUCGCUCACAGUUCGCAGAAAUCCAUUACAGAUUUUGAGCCCGUGGAGGAGAUGAGAGAAGCUCGAAGGUCUGGCGGCGGUAAUGUGUCCUGGCGCGGAGAGAUAGAUCAAACAAGUCCUGCAUUAGUAUUUGAAACUAAGACAAGUGCAGAUAGACUUGAAGAUAUAUCCUCUGCCUCCAAGAAAAUCAACGCUUCUAUCGAAAGAGAAACGAGCGCACAAGACAGCAUUAAAAAACAACGCGAUUGUGCUAGAAUUAUAGAUAAUUUUUGGUCCUCGUCAUCCCCGGAAUCCAGUCCUGAAUAUUUGCCAAAAGAUAAUUAUAAACGUAAACAUAAACGUUCGAAUAAAAGAUCAGGUUUAAGUGAUGACGCACCGCCGAGCAAGAGGCAGAAAAAUGAAGCCGUCCAAGCUAGUUCAGAUGGGAAAUUCAACUGGGAGAAAUUUAAAAAGGAGCUAAUAGUAGGCACACCUCUCGUAUACAGGUUGUGUAGGAGUAAGGACCAUAAAUCUUCUAUUCCUCCAAAUAUUCCUUGAUUCCUAUAAAUUGACUUUCUGUGGUAAGAACUACAUUUUUGUAUUCUUUUACUACUUUUUUGUGUCCAAUGAUUUCUUUAUUAUGUAACCAAAAGCUGGCAUAUACUGAAUAUUUUUAGUUUUUUUUUAUCAAGUGAAGAGUAAGAAGGAAAAUAGUCCAUUAAUUUCUUUAUUAUCUAACCAAAAGCUGGUAUUAUACUGAAUAUUUUUUGUUUUUUUUUAAGCAAGUGAAGAUUAAGAAGUAAAAUAGUCUAGAAACAGUUUUGUAAUUUUUUUAUUAUUAAAUAAUAAAUAUAUUAGUAAUGUACUUUCACGUUUAUGCAAUGUAAUAUUUUAUAUUUCUUUACUAAUAAUAAAUAUAUUUUGAGUAGGA